CGCGUUCACAUGCAGAUGUGGCAAAUACAACCAUGAGCCUGUUAUAAGGUAUAGGCUGGAAGUCAUGCUGUACAAUAAAAAAGAUUGCGACAAGAUUGUACUGUGGGAUCAAGAAUGCAUUCAGCUUCUUGGGAAGACCGCUAAUGAGCUCAGAAACCAAAUGAUUGAAGAAGGUGAGGACGAUCCACUGUCUUAUCCAGAAACACUUGAUGACUUGCUUGGAAGAACUUUGGCAUUUAGGAUCAAAAUGCAGCCAGCCUAUAGUGCUGCAUCCGUACAAAAAGUUUCCGAGGAUGAGGCCGUUGUGCAAUCUAUAUUGGGGAAAAUUGACAUGGAUGAGCAAUCUUUGUCUGCAACAGCAGAUCAUGAUCCUGAAAGCUCAUCGGCUUCUGUUACACCUUGCAAAAGAUCAUCACAUAUGCAAAGUGAUGAUUCUCAGUCCCCAGAUGAAGCCACACAACUAUCAGCAACUAAGAUUCAGAAGCGUAUUAAAAGGGAGUGAAAUAGUUACAUUUCUUUGUCAUUCCUUGCAGACAAUAUUCAUCUCUUCAUGCCUUAUUAUUUAUUACAUUAUUAAGAAAUAAAAGUGACCUUUUUAUCUGCUUCGUUUUAGACAAUAUAUAAUUUCACUGUCCUUAUUAUUGCUUACAUUCAUUCAAG